AUGAUCAACUACAUUCUCCUCGUCUCUCGGCAAGGCAAAGUUCGUCUGGCAAAAUGGUUCUCGACGAUGUCGCCCAAAGCCAAGGCAAAGAUAGUGAAGGACGUAACUCAGCUGGUGUUGGCUCGCCGGACGAGAAUGUGUAAUUUUUUGGAGUACAAAGAUACCAAGGUUGUAUACCGACGAUAUGCGUCACUAUUUUUUGUUACUGGGAUUGGAUCAGGCGACAAUGAGCUUGUGACACUGGAAAUCAUCCACCGAUACGUGGAGGUCCUUGACCGAUACUUUGGAAAUGUUUGCGAACUUGACCUUAUAUUCAACUUCCAGAAGGCCUACGCAAUCCUUGAUGAACUCAUCAUAGCGGGGGAAUUGCAAGAGUCGUCGAAGAAAUCGGUACUUCGCGUAGUGACGCAGUCGGAUAGCGUCGAAGAGCAAGAGAACGCAGAAGACACGAUGGCUCGACUCGGAUCACGCAGCGGUCCGAUGAUGUAG